AUGUCUGCAAUUUCUAGACUAUCAGUUAUAUCUCGUCAUAUCAGCAAUACUAACAAGUUACCUAGGGGUGAUUUAGGUUUGAUCGGUUUGGCUGUUAUGGGUCAAAACUUGAUUCUUAACGCUGCUGACCACGGUUACACUGUUGUUGCUUACAACAGAACCACUUCCAAGGUUGACCACUUCUUAGCUAACGAAGCUAAGGGUAAGUCCAUCAUUGGUGCUCACUCCAUCAAGGAAUUGGUUGACAACUUAAAGAGACCAAGAAGAGUUAUGCUUUUAGUCAAGGCUGGUAAGCCAGUUGAUGAUUUCAUUGACCAAUUAUUACCAUACUUGGAAGAAGGUGAUAUCAUCAUUGAUGGUGGUAACUCUCACUUCCCAGACACCAACAGAAGAUACGACGAAUUAAAGGGUAAGGGUAUCUUAUUUGUCGGUUCCGGUGUUUCCGGUGGUGAAGAAGGUGCCAGAACUGGUCCAUCCUUGAUGCCAGGUGGUCACCCAGAAGCUUGGCCACACAUCAAGGAUAUCUUCCAAGAUAUCGCUGCCAAGUCUGAUGGUGAACCAUGUUGUGACUGGGUUGGUGAAGCCGGUGCUGGUCACUACGUCAAGAUGGUCCACAACGGUAUUGAAUAUGGUGAUAUGCAAUUGAUUUGUGAAGCUUAUGACCUUAUGAAGCGUGUUGGUAAGUUCACUGACAAGGAAAUUGGUGAUGUUUUCACUCAAUGGAACAAGGGUGUCUUGGACUCUUUCUUGAUUGAAAUCACCAAGGAUAUCUUGUACUACAAUGACCCAACCGACGGUAAGCCAUUGGUUGAAAAGAUUUUAGAUACUGCUGGUCAAAAGGGUACUGGUAAGUGGACUGCUGUCAAUGCCUUGGACUUGGGUAUGCCAGUUACUUUAAUUGGUGAAGCUGUCUUCUCCAGAUGUCUUUCUGCCUUAAAGGAAGAACGUGUUGCCGCUUCUAAGGUUUUGGUUGGUCCAACCGUUGAAGAUGGUGCUUCUCCAAUCACCGACAGAAAGAAGUUUGUUGAUGACUUGGAACAAGCUUUAUAUGCUUCCAAGAUUAUCUCUUAUGCUCAAGGUUUCAUGUUGAUGAACGAAGCUGCUAAGGAAUAUGGUUGGAAGUUGAACAAUGCCGGUAUUGCUUUGAUGUGGAGAGGUGGUUGUAUCAUCAGAUCUGUUUUCCUUGGUGAAAUCACUGCUGCUUACAGAGAAAACCCAGAAUUGGAAAACUUGUUGUUCCACCCAUUCUUCAACAAGGCUAUCACCAAGGCUCAAUCCGGAUGGAGAGCUUCUAUUGCCAAGGCUGUUGAAUACGGUGUCCCAGCUCCAGCUUUCUCUACUGCUUUAGCUUUCUACGAUGGUUUAAGAUCUGCCAGGUUACCAGCUAACUUGUUGCAAGCUCAAAGAGAUUACUUCGGUGCCCACACUUUCCAAGUAUUGCCAGGUCAAGAAAAUGACUUAUUGAAGAAGGGUGAAUGGAUCCACAUCAACUGGACCGGUAGAGGUGGUAAUGUUCACGCUACUACUUACGAUGCUUAA